AAUUUUUCUUAUCAUUUCAGGUUGGCUGCUAUUUUGUAACAUUAUUGGGCUCUUUCAAGGGCAAGCAGGAAUGAACUUCUGUGAUUUAUGGCAGGUGACUGCAAGUGUCAGCCAGUUUCUCCCUUGGGUAUCACUUUGUCUUCUUGAUUGCUGGACUUAUUAUCUGUGAUCAUGGCUACACAUAUGAUCAUAUUUCAGCAAUUUUCUCAAAGUUUAUCCCUGAUAUUUGUGUUCUUCAUCAUCCAAGCAAGUGCCCUGCAUGUGUCUGGACAAUGGGACACCAACACCUCAUUCUUCACGUUUGUGGCAAAGUUUGGUUUUCAGAUGACCCUCAUCCAAAGAAAAGCUGAUACUCAGGGGUAUAUUUUUGGGAAUAUAACUGCACCAUCUGUGAACAGAACACUUCCCUAUGGCUUCACAUUAGCUGUAUUGGACAAGGAGUAUUUCUAUGAAUACUACAAGAAUCGGAAUGUAGAUGACAAGGAUCUUGCAUGCAAGUUGAUGUUUGAACAAGUGCAAAAGGCAGCAUACAAUGUAUACUGCAAUGAAGAGGGAAAACAAGACUUCCUAAGAAGAAUCCCCUGCCCUCAGGGAAGGCUGUGCCUGGAAGAGGAUUCACCUGAACUUGUUGUAAAUGGAUAUCAGUUCACCUUUGCUAUUCAAGAUCUUACUCGUCCAAGGUUUUGGUAUGCAAGCCUUGUUGCCUGCUACCAGGAUGUUGCAGAUUGUACAUGGCACCAUUCAAGGGAGCAGAUGGUUUUGGAUUAUGAUAUAUGGCUGGUGAAUGGGGACCCCAGCAAAAAGGGUCAGAAUCCAUUUGAGUAUCAGUUUUCCUAUGACCUACAGGACACAGUGGAGAUAUACCUGCUAUUCUUGGUGCUCUACCUUCUUCUUCUGCCUCUGCUGGUCCAUGCAAUGUUUCAACAACGCCACACUAUUCGACGUCUCAUGACAGCUGGAGCUUUCCUUGAGCUCAUAUCUAUUCUUUGCAAUGUGACUCAUGUUCUGCUUAUUGUGGAGAAUGGUGAGGGGUUGAAAACUAUGAGUGUGAUUGGGGACGUUUUGGAUAUUCUUGGCCGAAGUUCUCUGAUGUUGUUGCUAAUGCUAUUGGCUAAAGGAUGGGCCAUCACUCGCCAGCCACUUUCUUGGCCUGGCUGUCUCUUUGUGGUUCUCAUUCUUCAUGCCUCAGCCAAUGUCUGCCUCUAUGUGUGGAUGCAGACGGAGGUGGAUGUCAUAGAGGAUAUAGAUGAGUACCAGACAUGGCCUGGGUGGCUGGCUUUGAUUUUACGGUUCCUCAUCAUGCUUUGGUUUCUAUAUGAACUUCGCUCGACCAUCGACUUUGAACAUGAUCCUGCCAAGGUGAAAUUCUUCCUUCACUUUGCUGCUGCUGCUCUCAUCUGGUUCUUAUAUCUCCCCAUUGUGGCUGUCAUUGCUCCAUUCAUCUCUGCUCUAUGGAGGUUCAAGUUCAUCCUGAGUACAACAUACUCGGCAGAUUUUGUUGCAUUUGCUGUGCUUUGUCACCUGCUGUGGCCAACAAGAAGCCAUCAGUAUUUCCUUCUUGCUGCACCUCAUCGAGGAGAGGAGCUGGAGGAGUUUGCUCAAGCUCCACACUUGCUCACAGGGGACAUGCAUACAACUGUGAUCCCUCCUGCCUUUGAGGGGAAGUUUGUCAAUGGAGACACCAGGAAUCAUGUAAAUGCCAGCAUCUGAGAUUGAGUCAUUGAACCUGUUUAGACAUCCGAUGGACUGAAUGCCAGAAUUGUGAUGCUAUUAUGGUUACCUGUAAGUUCUUUCAUCACUAAGCAAUUGGUUGUGCUUGCCACUUCAUUCCUUUGCCUCAUUUUAGUCUCUUCUUAUAUAUUUGUGCCAAUUACUGUAUAUUGAGGCAUCUAGUACUUCAGUUGGCAGUGAUGCCAUUGAAGUCCCAGACUGUAAAAAAUAACCACUGUGGAAGCCACAAUUGAUGUGAUUUAUCUGUGCUUGCUCGUUGGGCAAUAUGUUUGAAUUUUGAUUUUUUUAGCAAAUCAGAUGUAUCUUCCCCAGAAGAUUCCCCAUGUCUUUUUGUUGCCCUUUUUCUUAUUUUUAUUUCCCAUAAAAAGAGAAGAUUAUGUGAUAUGUGCUUGUCCAGGACAGACUUAUUGAUUUCUGACCUACUUAAAAUGCAAGCAAGAAAACUUGGUCCUUUGAGCUUUACAAGUCUUUCCAUUCAGUUUCAUUCCUCCAGCCUUCAGGCUAAGCUUAGGUAAUUGAGUUCAUGUGAAUCUACUUUUACAACACAAUCUUCUCAAUCUGAGCUUUCAAUUCCCAAGGCCCACUUCAAGCAAAAAAAGGAUCUGGACAAAAGAAGUCAAAUAAGUUUUAUUGGCACAUAAGCAGAUCCAUAAAAUCACGCAGCUAUUUUUCUUUAAAAAGUUAUCUGCCUUCUCUCUGCCUUGCGUUUUUAUUUUCCUGGACUGAAAAACAAUUUUGUUGCUUGUACCUGAC